AUGUAUCUCGACGGUGUCGUAUCAAAUCUUGGUGAACAGGCAGCCAAGCAAAGUCUUUUAAAGGAAGCUUGCAAGAACAAAAACAUCCAUGGGAUUAAAGUUGCAAGGCAGGCGCCCACAAUUUCUCACCUCUUCUUUGCGGAUGAUAGCUUAUUGUUUGUUCGGGCAAGUGAAACAGAAGCAAGCUGCAUUAUGAAUAUCCUUAAAGUCUACCAAGAAGCAUCGGGACAAGUGGUGAAUUUAGAUAAAUCAGAAGCGUCGUUCAGUCAAAAUGUGCUUGAUGAUGUGAAAGAAAGGAUCCAUAAUAGGAUGCAGGUAAAGACAGUGAUGCGACACUCUAAAUACCUUGGCCUCCCCAUUAUUCUUGGAAGAUCCAAAAAGGAGAUUUUCAGCAUGGUGAUUGACCGAGUCUGGAAGAAAAUUAAAGGCUGGAAGGAGAAAUAUUUGUCUAGGUCCGGGAAAGAAAUCCUUAUCAAAGCGGUGGCACAGGCUAUCCCAAGCUAUGUCAUGAGUUGUUUUCGGCUUCCUGCUGGGGUUUGUCACGAGAUUGAGAGUAUGUUGGCCAAAUUUUGGUGGGGUGCUAAGAACGGGGAGCGGAAAGCACUGGAUCAGUUGGGAGAAGUUGGCCUGUUCAAAGGAAGUUGGGGGCAUGGGGUUCAGAGUUAUGCGUGGCGUAGCAUACUGAGUGCGAGGGAGUGUGUCUCUAAGGGGGCGAGAUGGCUGAUUGGUACAGGUACUAAAGUCAGAAUUUGGAAGGAUCGUUGGAUUCCCGGUAUCAGCGGUUUUAAACCUAGGAGAACAACUAACUUACUGGAGCCUAAUGCCACGGUGAGUGAGUUGAUUGAUCAAGAUCUCAGCUGUUGGAACUAUGAGGUGGUUAAUAACUGUUUUGAUCCUACGGAGGCGAACCACAUCCUUAGCAUUCCACUUUCCUUCCGCAGACCAAGUGAUGAACUGAUUUGGCAUAGUGAGAAACACGGCUGCUACUCUGUGCGGUCAGCAUACCAUAGUCUACAGAAUGAAUUGAUGAAUAAGAAACUGGGGCCAUCAAAUGCUUUCGCUUGUCAAUUAUGGAAGAAGGUUUGGCAUGUUAGCUUGCAUCCAAGGGUUAAGAGUUUUCUGUGGAGGUUGGGCAAGGAUAUCCUUCCUACAAAAACUAACCUCCUUAAGAAAGGUAUCAAAAUCGACACUGCCUGCUCUUUCUGUGGUGUGAAUGAGGAAUCCACCAAACAUCUUUUCCUCGAAUGUGAAUUCUCCAGGUUAGCUUGUUUCUCCUCCCCCCUUGGAUUCAGAAUUACGCCUGAGACUGAUAUUUUUGAUUGGCUGCUCGAGUGCUUAGAGGAUCCCAAUACUCUAUCAGCCCAAUUAAUGUGCACACUACUGUGGAAGGUGUGGAAUGCAAGGAAUUUGAGGCAUUUCCAGCAGCAAAUCAAGGAUCCUCAUCUGGUACCUAUGGCCAAAAACGUGCGUGUGCCUCCUCAAACCGAGUAUGCUUGCCCUGAUAGAGAGGUUUUCACAAUUCAGACUGAUGCCGGUUGCUUCGAGGACGGUUUUGUUACCUUUGGCUGCAUGAUAAAGACAGGGGACUCAAAACUCUUCUAUGCUGCAUGCAAGAAGGAAGCCAUACAGGUGGAUCCAGCUACGGCUGAAGUUCUGGCUAUUAGAUGGGGUUUACAAUUGGCUAAAGAGCUCCACAUCGGGAAGAUUUUGGUUCAAUCGGAUGCCUUAAAUGUUGUUGAUUGUAUUAAUUGUGUUAGACAGUUUGCUUCUAUCGAUCUCAUAGCUAUUGAUGUUAGAUGUUUGCUUAGCAGUUUUUCUCUUGGGUCUGUUAUGUACUUAUGCAGGCAGCAAAAUACUGAAGCCCAUAAUCUUGUUGGUUUGGGCAGGUUAUUUGGUGAUAGGUCUUGGCUAGUAGAGCCUCCCUCUGUCUCGUCUGUAUUGUCCUCUGGGGACUUCUCUUCUUAA